UAUCUGCCUACCUUGCAUGGUUAUGCAAAGCAGAAGGUGGGGCUGAAUUCAGCUAAAAUUAAUAAAAAGCAAGAGGGCUCAAAAGAAGUACAACAAGUGGCAAUUUGGCAAACACCAUCAUGGAGCUGUCUGAAGCCGUCACUCUCUUUCUUGUCAUCUGCUUAUCUUGCAUUGCUUUCUUAUCACUUAAGAGAAAAAUAUCAAACAAGGGGAGGCUUCCCCCAGGACCCACUCCCCUGCCUCUGAUUGGGAAUUUCCUACAGAUCAAGUCAUCUGAAACCCUAAAAUCUCUUGUGAAGCUGAGUGAAAAAUAUGGACCUGUCUUCACUGUCUACUUUGGGAUGCGGCCAGCGGUGAUCUUAUGUGGACAUGAUGCUGUGAGGGAGGCCCUGGUAGACAAGGCUGAAGAAUUCAGUGGAAGGAAAACUAAUCUUACCCUGGAAACGACUUUCCAAGGAUAUGGGGAAGCAUUUUCCAAUGGGGAGCGUUGGAAGAAAUUGCGUCGAUUCACUCUCUGUGUCCUGAGGGACUUUGGGAUGGGAAAAAGAUCCAUCGAAGAGCGAAUCCAAGAGGAAGCCCAGUUCUUGCUAGAUGAUUUUAGGAAAACCAAGGAGAAGCCCUUUGACGUCACCUUUUUCCUCAGUCGAGCUGUCUCCAAUGUCAUUUGCUCCAUCGUCUUUGGUAAUCGCUUUGACUACGAGGACAAGAAUUUCCAAACCCUCGUAGAGAUGGUGAACAGCAGCUUUCGAGAAAUAAGCACAGCUCAGGCUCAGUUAUACGACCUUUAUGAGAGCUUUCUAAAGUACUUUCCAGGGCCCCAAACCAAGAACUAUGACAUUCUGAAAGUCAUUAGAGCCUUCAUUUGUAAGAAAGUUAAGCAGAAUCAAAAGACUUUGGACCUCAACGCUCCCCGGGACUUCAUUGACAGCUUCCUCAUCCAGAUGGAAAAGGAAAAGGAAAAUCCCUCUACUGAAUUUUAUAUGAAAAACUUGGAGUGUACUGUCCUAAACCUGUUCCUUGCUGGGACAGAGACAGUCAGCUCCACCCUGAGAUAUGGGUUUCUGCUUCUGUUGAAAUAUCCUGAGGUGCAAGAAAAAGUGCAUGAGGAAAUUGACCGAGUGAUUGGACAGAACUGCAUCCCAAACAUGGCAGACCGCAACCGGAUGCCAUACACAGAUGCUGUAAUCCAUGAAGUGCAGAGAUGCGCCGACCUCAUCCCUAUGAACCUGAUCCACAUGGUCACCCGUGACACUGAAUUCAGAGGAUACCUCAUCCCUAAGGGAACAGAGGUCCACCCGUUGCUGAGCACAGUUCUGAAUGACCCCACAAAGUUUAAAAACGCCCAUAUUUUCAACCCAGAGAACUUCUUGGAUGAGAAUGGGUGCUUCAAGAAGAACGAUGCCUUUAUUCCAUUCUCUUCAGGUAAACGGAUAUGCCUGGGCGAAACCUUGGCCCGUAUGGAGCUUUUCCUCUUCUUCACCACCAUUCUGCAGAGCUUCUGCCUGAAGUCCAUUAUCCCCCCUGAGGACAUUGACAUCACCCCCCAGGAGAGUGGCUUUUCCAAAAUCCCACCCCUCUACCAGUUGUCCAUCAUCCCACGCUGAGAGAAAGAAACAGAAGAAGACCAAACUUUGGAUGCCCUGGUAGAAAACUAGGAGAGUCAUCAGCAUUCUUAGUAUUCCAUUGCCAAUCUAUUUCAGCUUUUCCUAUGUCCUCCUUCAUCCAGAGAUUUCAAUAUCUCUUGAAUUUUAUCUCUGUCUAGAGCAGUGGUCCCCAACCUUUGGAUCUCCAGGUGUUUUGGUCUUCCAACUCCGAGAAAUCCCAGCCAGAUUACCAGCUAUUGGGAACUGUGGGAGCUGAAGUACAAAACACCUGGAGGCUCAAAGGUUGAGAACCACUGGUCUAGACAUGGGUCCUGAAACAUUUUAAGUGGAGGAUCGUUUCAUAGUCCUUCACACUGUUGGGGGGCUGGACUAUGAUGAAAUAGUCCAAAAUUAGGAUUGUUGUUGUUGUGUGCCUUCAAGUCAUUUCAGACUUAGGUCAAACCUAAGUCUAAGGUUUAGGACAGGGGCCAGGUAAAUGAACAUGGAGGGCCACAUCUGUCCCACGGGCCUUAGUUUGGGGACCCCUGGUUUAGAUCAUAAAGUUCAUGCAGAUAUCCAGAUUCUGUUGGACAACAACUCCCUAAAGCUCUAGCCAGCAUAUCUAUGUAUGAUAUAAGCUGGGAAAUACAGUCCACCAAUUUUUGCAGGGUCUGAUCUGUCUGUUGGUCCUGUCUAUAUAUCUAUAUAUAUAAAAGGGUAAUGAAAUUUCGGCCUAGGACAAAACAACAAAACUGCACAUCCCAGAAACACUAAAUUUGGCAGCACAACCCCUCAUCCAUGCCUCUACGUUCAUACAACAAAAAGAAAAGAAAAAUAAAGUCCUAAUUAGAGGGAGAGGAAUAAUUGUUUUUAUCCAAUUGCUGCCAGUUAGAAGGCUAAGCUCUGCCCACUGGGUCUCCUAGCAAACCACUCAGCCCAGGGGACAGGCAGAAUUAUGCCUCACUUAGGCCUCUUCCACACUGCCUAUAAAAUACAGAUUAUCUGAUUUGAACUGGAUUAUAUGGCAGUGUAGACUCAAGGCCCUUCCACAAAGCUAUAUAACCCAUUUAUAACGGACUUAAUACCCUUUACCUUAACUACCACCAAUUCCUCAAUACUUUAUUUCCCAUACCACCAUACUUCGCCACAGCAACGCAUGGCCAGGCAAAGCUAGUAUAUAUAUAUAUAUAUGCAAUCUCCUGUUUCGAUAGAUAUAGAUAGAUAGAUAGAUAGAUAGAGCAAGCUAAGGUUGCAUUUUUUUAAAAAAAAACACACACACACACACACAUUCACAUUUGCUUUUGGACUUGUGUUUUAUUAAUAAGUCAUCCAUUAUUUCAUCAACUCAGAUGACACUCUGUCUCUCCAGUAGUUUUCAAAGAGUAGGCGAAAUGUCAGUAAACACCAUGGCAUAUGCUCUAAAGUAAAGUGCAAUCCGAUCAGUGCACUUGGAUAGAUGCCAUGAAAUCAAGUAGAGCAGUGAAUUAUUUUCAGAAUUAGUCAUACUUAGAAUCCAUUGAAACCACCAGGAUUUUAAAAAGAAAGGACUGCUAAAAGUCAACAGCUGUUUCCUGAUUAUAUAGGCCAAUGUGUCCAUUUUUUUUUAUAGCUAGACAUGCUGCUAUAGCUAGACAGGCAUCAUGUUGACAGAAAGACUACCAGAAUCUCUGCAGAUGCCUGUUGUUGCAAUGUCAUGUUGAGAGACUGUGCUGCUUAAGUGGUAGGUUGGGGUUAGAAAGACAUAUUGAUAGAACUAUAGCUUCAUAAUUCAACCUGUUAAAAUCAAUGUAGAGGAUGUAUAAAUAAUCAAUAUCAGGUCAGAAGGAAGAAUAGAAGAAUAAUGUAAUAGGAAGGAAGAACGGAAUUAUAUAUGAAUGUCUCCAACCCAAGGGACGGGAAGUCACUAAAUUGGGAGGGGUGGAAGGAGCGGAGAGUAUAACCAAAUCCGAAUAUUUAUAGGUGUUGAGAAAUAUUGUAUUGGUUCAUAUAUACAUGUACUUAUUUCACGGUUUUUUAUGAAUAUAUAAAUUUAAAAUAAAAAACAUAUUAAGACCCAAAAUGUAGUUGGCUAUUGCAACAUAGGAACUUCUCCUGAUGCAACAUCUCUGCUAUUCUUUUCAACAUGUAUGGCGAUUCUGUACCAACAUUUCUGGGUGCAUUUGUCUUUGAAAUAAACACUGUUACCAAACAA